GAACUCGUGUGUCGACUCGUCGACUCUUUUGUUUUCAAACAAGCGUCGUCUGUGCACCGUCCGUGAACAUAAUUGAAUAUCUUAAAUUCAAUAUUAAACCGAAAUAUUUGCUAUUUUAUUCAGUUUAGCAGUGAUUUACAGCAGCCGUGAACAUGCAGAACGUUGUAGUCAAGGAAAUUUUCGAUGGGUUCAAUGAGUACCUCAAUAAGGAGCAGGAACUUCGCGAGCAAAUCCGUGAAGUGGUCCGUGAGAUUGACCAAGCCGCCAAAGAGGCUACCAUUGCCUUGCAGGUGAUCCACAGCAGCCUGACUGAAGUGUCCACUGCCUGUGCGGCCGCUCGUAAUCAGUUUGAGGUAUGCCGCAAGGGCUACCAACGUUUGGCUGGACUGAUUCCGGAAGGUCAGUACUAUCGGUACAACGACCACUGGCAUUUCGUAACGCAGCGGGUUGUCUUCCUGGUGGCGCUGACCGUUUACCUGGAGAAAGGUUUCCUCGUCAGCCGGGACACCACGGCAGAAGUUCUAGGAAUGAAAACCAAAAAGGUCGAUGGAUUCCACCUCGAUAUUGAAGAUUAUCUGAUGGGAGUUCUUCAGCUGGCGUCAGAACUGAGCCGCUAUGCUACGAAUUCGGUCACCCUGGGGGACUACGAUCGUCCGUUGGUCAUUUCCAAGUUUGUGGCCGAUCUGAAUUCCGGUUUCCGCCUGUUGAAUCUGAAGAAUGAUGGCCUGCGCAAGCGGUUCGAUGCACUGAAGUACGAUGUCAAGAAGAUCGAGGAGAUCGUGUACGACAUCAGCAUUCGAGGGCUCAGGGGCGAUUCGACGACCGGAUCGACGGCAGCGCCGCCGGCGGAGCAGUAAGGUAUGACGGGUUGUAAAGUUGUUCGGAUACGGUUGGAGCAGUUUCGGUGUCUCUUCAUGGGCCAUGAUUGCAAAAGAUGUGGUCAUGGAACGAAACCAUUCUGUGGGGACAUAAUAUUAUCAUGAAAUACUUUUUUUUCCGUGAAUUUCUUAGCAUUUUCAUUUUGCAAGGCAUCGAAUGUGGCAGAGAAUUAUGGAAUUUAUCAUGUUUUUUUUUUUACAAAUCCCUUAUUUGUUUCGAUUUAUUCAAAUAAACUUAUUAACAGGCACUUUCUUAAAAAGUAA